AUGAACGGUCUCGAUACCCUCCCACCAGAGAUUCUCUUCAACAUCCUCUCGUACGCCGAGCCCAUCUGUAACCUCAACCUCACGUCUUACCCGCUCAAUGCGCUCGCCGCUACCAACAAACAACUCAAUGCCGUGGUCGAAGAAUAUGCGCGCAACCUACUCAAACGCCAUGCCGACAUUGUGCCACCGCGCAAUGCAAGAGUCUUCACAUGCCGCCGCAAAUGGCUAGCCGAAAUAUGUUACUUCUGCAAGAAACCCAGUAAAAGGAAGGCAUGUCUCUACAAGAUACUCGUAUGCUGUUUCAAAUGCGACAAAGCCGAGUUUCCAAAGAUGACAAUGACCCAAGCAAUCCAAGAAACCCACCUCUCGAAACUCGACCUCUUCACGCCCUCCCCACUUCAUCCCACCCUUCCACCUCUACCAACCGGCCUCUACCACUGCAUGGGCGGCACCGCAACCAUGCUCUCCACUCCGCACGUCCAAGCCCGCAAGACCUACAUCCACACGCUCCUCGGCUCCAAAGCCACCGACGAGUCAUAUAUGCGCCCGCGCCCCUCGGCCCACGAGCGCAUAAUCAAGCACCUAAACAUUGAGUACUUUGAAGGGCGUGGGUGGUGGCAAGCGCCGGACAUGGAAGACAAGGACUCUUGCGAAGGGGAUGCUGGAGAAGGAGAGGGAAAGAAGAAGGGUAGAGGGCCGUAUAGUAUGAGGAGUGCGGAGAGUAGGAGGGCGUACGCUGAGAAGGGGCUGAAGAGGGAGUGGUUGGCGUUGGGUAUGGAAGAGCAUGAGGAUUUUAUGGGUGGUGUGAAGAGGAGGAGGGGGAGGGUGGGGAUAGGGUGGAAGAACAAGGGGGGUGAUUCUAUGGAGAGUGCGAUCGCGAUUGAUUGA